AUGAUUCGAUAUCAAGAAGCUCUUAAAAAGCAUUUACUCAAACGUGAAGAAAAACUUGCUAUUCAAUUACGAGAAGCAGAUAAUGAGCUUAAAAAAAUACGUGAAAAACGUGAAGCACUUGGUGUAACAUUGUAUAAUUUACAACAAGAAUUAGCAAGACAUCAAAUGUUACUUGAACAAGAACAUGAUCAUUUCGGAGAAAUCAAUCAAGAUCGACAACGUAUUGAUCAAGAUUUAAAACAAAUCAAAGAGAGACAUUUAAAAAAGAAAGAGGAACAUGACACUCAAAUGCGACAAACUUUGGAAACUCAAAAAGAACGAGAUGUUCUUCAACGUCGAUUACAUUAUAUGAAUAAAGCAAAAAAUGAUAUUAGAGGUGAUUUAUCCACAAUGCGUCGCGCAACAGAAAAAGUUGAUUCCGAAGUAACAAAAUUAGAAGCAGAUAAAAGGAUUCAAGAUUUAUUUGUUGAUCGUCUUGUACAACAAGUUGAUAUGCUUCGUGAACAAAUAUCAAUGUAUGAAUAUCAAUUAAAAGUUCAAAUGGAAGAAACAAAAAAUAUUAAACAUACAUUAGUCGAAGCACGACUUGAAUCAGAAACAUUAGAAUUAGAAACAAAACAAUUGAUGCAAAAUUGGAAUAGUUGUCUAAUUGGUAUUCGAAGACGUGAUGAAGCACAAGCAACAAUGGCUGAAGCUGUCAGAUUACAAUUGCAACGUAUCGAUACAAUGAAUACUGAAAUGGAAUCAUAUAAACGAUCAAUUGUAAAAGAACAAGAAUUAAAUGAAAAAUUAACACUAGUCUUAAAUCGUACAAAAUAUGAAAUACAAAAUUUAGAAAAAUUACUUCAAAUCAAUAGUGAAAAAUCAGACACAUGUAAACAAGAAAUUUCCACAUAUACAAAAGCACUUGAAGAAACUCAAAUUAUGCUUAAUCGUGUUAAUAAUGAAAAAGCUGAAAAACAACAUGAAUUAAAUAUUUUACAACGUGAAAUCGAAAAAGAAAAUCAAGAUCGUGUGAAAUUAGAAGAUGAAAUUUAUCAACAAUUUCAAGAACAAUUAACAGCUGUUAAAGCUGCUGAAUAUAGUUCGAAAUUACGUUUUAAACUUAAAGAAUCUACACGUGAAGUCGAACGUAAUUUAUCUAAAGUUGAAAAUGAUAUAGCUCGUGCACGUUUAGAAAAAACAUAUUUAAUAACAAAUAUAAAACAACUUGAAAUUCAAUCAAAAGAAUAUAAUGAACAAAUUUUAGAAAAAAAUCAAAUUAUAACACGUAGUGAACAAGAAAUCAAACGACGUAUUUUAUUAAUUGAACAAAAACAAAAUCAAAUUGAUUUAAUGAAUAAAAAAUUAGAAAAUUUAAAAGAAAAGGCUGGUGGUAUUGAAUUAGGACCAUUAGAAUUGGAAAUAUUGAAUUUACAAAAAUCGAUAACACAAGUUGGAAAAGAAAUUUUUGAUCUUGAACAAGCAUGGUUAAAAGGACAAAAUGAAUUAGUACAUUUAACAAAUGAAAAAGAUAUGUUAGAAAAAGAAACUGAUUCAAUGAAAUUAAAACAUACAAUAUUAAUGUCAAGAAAACUUCGAACUGAAAAUACAAUUAACAAUAUGGAAACUGAUUGUACACAUUUAAAACGUCAAAUUGAAUUAUUAAGACUUGAUUUAGAACGUUUAAAUAAAUUAAUUUAUAAAGAAUCAACAAAUAAAACAACAUUAGAAAGAAAUAAUCUUUUAUCCGAAAAUGAUUUCGUUCGAGAAUUAAAAGGAGCAGAAAAAGAUGCUUUACAUAUGGAAGAUCAAUUAAGUGAAAUACGACAAGAACGAGAAAAUCUUUUAGGAAAUCUUGUUGAAGCUGAAAAACAAAUCAUGUUUUGGGAACGAAAAAUUCAAUUAGCAAAAGAAAUGAAAUCAGCUGUGGAUUCCGAAACUGGUCAAGGUGAAAUACGAGCAAUGAAAUCUGAAAUUCAUCGUAUGCAAGUUCGUUAUGAACAAUUAUUACGACAACAAGAAAAAUUAAUACGUGACAUGGAAACAAGUGUAUCAAGACGUGAAACUAUUCUUACACGAGGAGAAGUCCAACAAAAAUUACCACAAAAUAAAGCUAUUAUGCAAAGCACUGUACAAAAGAAAAUUACUGAUUUACAAAGAAAAAUUCGAGACACGAAUGAACAAGCUGCUGUACUUGAACAAAAACUAGAAGAAUAUAAAAAUGAUCAACAAGAUCAUGUUAGACGAAUGACAGAACUCGGACAACAACGAGACCAAUCAACCAAUGAAAAUACUAAACUUGAUGAACGUAUAACAGAAUUAAAUUUACAAAAAAAUAUGAUGUUAAUUACAUUAACUGAAAAACAAUUACGUGCAAAAUAUUAUGAACAAGUAAAAGAAGGAAAAUAUAUAAAAGUUCAUCAAACACCCGAUGUAUUAAAUACAGCACGUGAAAAUCAAAUAAAUCGUUUAAGAUAUUUUGAAACAAUUUUACAUGGUUUAUCUGAACGUUGUCCACAAUUUCGUCGUCAAUUUGUUCAAAUACAAGAUAUGUUACGAAAGCGUUUAGCUGAUCAACUAGCUCGUCCAUCGUCCAGUCAAUAG